AUGGCGCAGAAAGGAGUUCAGCUGACACAAGAAACUUUCUCUUGUUCGAUCUGUUUGGAUCUACUGAAGAAUCCGGUGACUAUUCCCUGUGGACACAGCUACUGCAUGAACUGUAUUGAAAGCUUCUGGGAUGAAGAGGAAAAGAAGAAAAUCUACAGCUGCCCUCAGUGCAGACAGACUUUCACAGCGAGGCCUGUCCUGGUGAAAAACACCAUGUUAGCAGUUUUAGUGGAGCAGCUGAAGAAGACUGGACUCCAAGCUGCUCCUGCUGAUCACUGCUAUGCUGGACCUGAAGAUGUGGCCUGUGAUGUCUGCACUGGAAAAAAAAUGAAAGCCUUCAAGUCCUGUUUAUUCUGUCUGGCAUCUUACUGUGAGAAACACCUUCAGCCUCAUUAUGAUUCACCUACAUUCAAGAAACACAAGCUGGUGGAGCCCUCCAAGAAGCUCCAGGAGAACAUCUGCUCUCGUCAUGAUGAGGUGAUGAAGAUGUUCUGCCGUACUGAUCAGCAGAGUAUCUGUUAUCUCUGCCCUGUGGAUGAACAUAAAGGCCACGACACAGUCUCAGCUGCAGCAGAAAGGACUGAGAGGCAGAGAGAGCUGGAGGUGAGUCGACAAAACAUCCAGCAGAGAAUCCAGGACAGAGAGAAAGAUGUGAAGCUGCUUCAACAGGAGGUGGAGGCCAUCAAUCAGUCUGCUGAUCAAACAGUGGAGCACAGUGAGAAGAUCUUCACUGAGCUGAUCCAUCUCAUCCAGAAAAGAAGCUCUGAUGUGAAGCAGCAGAUCAGAUCCCAGCAGGAAACUGAAGUGAGUCGAGUCAAAGAGCUUCAGGAGAAGCUGGAGCAGGAGAUCACUGAGCUGAAGAGGAAAGAUGCUGAGCUGAAGCAGCUCUCACACACAGAGGAUCACAUCCAGUUUCUACACAACUACCCCUCACUGUCAGCACUCAGUGAGUCUACAGACUCAUCCAGCAUCAAUAUCCGUCCUCUGAGCUACUUUGAGGAUGUGACAGCAGCUGUGUCAGAGGUCAGAGAUAAACUACAGGACAUUCUGAGAGAGGAACGGACAAACAUCUCACUGACAGUCACUGAAGUGGAUGUUUCACUGUCACAACCAGAGCCAAAGACCAGAGCUGGAUUCUUAAAAUAUUCACGUAACAUCACACUGGAUCCAAACACAGCAAACACACAGCUGUUAUUAUCAGAGGGGAACAGAAAAGCAACAUUUGUGAAAUAUCAGCAGUCUUAUCCUGAUCAUCCAAACAGAUUCAGAUAUUGUUAUCAAGUCCUGGGUAGAGAACGUCUGACUGGACGUUGUUACUGGGAGGUGGAGAGGAAAGGGCGAGUUUAUGUAGCAGUUGCAUACAAGAACAUUAGCAGAGCAGGGUGUGGAAAAGUGUGUGGAUUUGGUCGUAAUGACAAAUCUUGGGCAUUAGAUUGUUCCAAAAACAGUUACACAUUUUGGCAUAAGAACAUUGAAACUCCAGUUUCAGGUCAUGGGUCCUCCAGAGUAGGAGUGUACCUGGAUCACAGAGCAGGUAUUUUGUCUUUCUAUAAAGUCUCUGAAACCAUGACUAUGCUCCACAGAGUUCAGACCACAUUCACUAAGCCGCUUUUUGCUGGACUUUGGUUUUACAAUAAUUAUGGAGAUAUUGCUGAGUUCAUCAAACUGAAAUAGACUGAACUCGUUCAUAUUGUUGUGGGUUUAAAUUGGAGUGGAUUUUUCACUUGAGCUAGAAUUUUUGGGAUCGGCCCGAGUUUCGCCUUAAUGUGUCAUGCAUUGUGUAGUAUACAUGGAGUAACGAGAAGCGAGUAACACCUCACAACCAGUUCCCGAUCAGCAAUCAUAUGGUCACAAGAAAGUCAAACCUUUUUGAAAUCCUGGUCGCCCCUCAUGAGAGUAUCCACUGUUGAAGCAGUGCCACAAGCCAAUUUAACGCAACCUCUCACACUGCGCGUGCCCAAACACAGAAGCGGAAAAGUCGGAGCAACAUGGCAGUGCAGCGUGUGAUCUAGACAAAGGCUAUGGACGCCUAACUUGUAGAACUUUGGCAAGUUCAUCUGAGGCUUUUCAAUGUGUCCUCACAAAACUAUCACGACCACAGCAACCGUGAAGAGUUAGAUGGACUUUGCUGCUCAGUUAUGUUUUCAUUAGCAAUUUAGAAAAGUUGAUGGUGGUGUGUGUGCGUGUGCGUG